AACUUUAGCAGACUUUUUUGCAGUAGUCGGACUGAACGGGCAGCACUUGAACGCAGCGCCGGACUCCAGCCUGCUCAUACAGAAACACUCGCAACAAGCAGCGUCUGCUCGGCCAAACUUAACCGUGCUGCUGCUGCUGUGUGUGUGUGGACGGAGUGACACUAAACACAACCUGCAUCGAGGGGAUGUUUCGCGGACAGGACUGCGGCGACAGAGCCGAGCGGAGGAUGUAACGUCGGGACUACACGAGGCGGGCUGAAUACAAAAGGAACCGCCGAGGAGAGGAGACGAUGGAGGGGAGAAGAGCAGCGGGGGGAGCGAGUCUGACAUAGACCCGAGCUGCACUGCUCCUGAAACCACCAGUACUGUUCAGAACCGGGUCAUACAAGCAAGAAAAACCUCCAGCAUGUCGGAUCCGAGUCACUGGUCUGCGGUGCCAAACCAGAACAAGUCCCGUUUUGUUCCUGGAGCUCUGCUGAAGCGAUCAAAGAGCUGUCGCAGCAGCAACAGGAAGAGCCUCGGUGUCGGGACGCCGUCACCCACACUGUCCCGGCCGCUCUCCCCGCUCUCACUCCACACUGCUGCGAGCAGCCCACUAGACAGCCCUCGAAAUGUGUCGACCAGUGCCUGCCUCAACUUCCCAUUUGCCCGAAGGGCUGAUGGCCGGAGAUGGUCCCUGGCGUCCCUGCCCUCAUCUGGCUAUGGAACCAACCCGCCGAGCUCCACUGUCUCGUCCUCCUCGUCCUCUCAGGAGCGCCUUCACCAGCUUCCCUACCAGCCGACUCAAGAUGAGCUGCACUUCCUCUUCAAACACUUCCGCAGCACAGACAGCAUGACCGAUGAGGACGGGCGGCCUUCGACCAUCAUACGACCUCGGUCUCGGAGCCUCAGCCCCGGGCGAUCGAGUGUCUCCUUCGAUAACGAGAUUGUCAUGAUGAACCAUGUUUACAGAGAACGUUUUCCAAAGGCCACAGCCCAGAUGGAGGAGCGCUUGUUUGAGAUUAUCACCCACUGCUCUCCAGACAGCUCCCUCCCGCUGGCUGACGGGGUGCUGGGCUUCAUCCAGCACCAGUUGGUCGAGCUGGUUAGAGACUGUCUGGACAAGUCCCACAAAGGCCUGGUUACUUCCCGCUACUUUGCUGAGCUGCAGGAGAAGCUGGAGAAGCUGCUUCACGAGGCCUACGAGCGCUCUGAGAGUGAGGAGGUAUCCGUCAUCAUCCAGCUGGUGAGGAAGAUCCUCAUCAUAAUCUCACGGCCCGCUCGCCUCCUGGAGUGCCUGGAGUUUGACCCGGAAGAGUUUUACCACUUACUUGAGGCAGCAGAGGGUCAUGCCAAAGUCGGCCAGGGAAUCAAGACAGACAUCCCGCGCUACAUCAUCAGCCAGCUGGGUCUGACACGGGACCCAUUAGAAGACAUGGUACAGCUCGAACAGUAUGAAACCAGUCCUUCAGGGUCAGUGGAACCAGAUGGUCAUGUGGAGAAUAAGGCCCCACAGACGCUGACACCAACUAGAAGGAAACCUUUUGAGAGUGAUUUUGAAACAAUCAAACUCAUCAGUAAUGGAGCUUACGGGGCUGUGUAUCUGGUCCGUCACAAGGAGACCCGGCAACGGUUUGCCAUGAAAAAGAUAAAUCGGCAAAACCUGGUCCUGAGGAACCAGAUCCAGCAGGCUUUUGUGGAGCGAGACAUCCUGACUUUUGCUGAGAACCCCUUUGUUGUCUCCAUGUUCUGCUCUUUUGAGACACGACGUCACCUCUGCAUGGUCAUGGAGUAUGUGGAAGGUGGAGAUUGUGCCAACCUGCUCAAGAACAUGGGCCCACUGCCAGUAGAAAUGACGAGGUUGUACUUUGCUGAAACAGUCCUGGCCCUGGAGUACCUUCACAACUAUGGUAUCGUGCAUCGGGAUCUCAAACCUGACAAUUUGUUGAUUACAUCCAUGGGCCACAUCAAGCUGACGGACUUUGGUCUGUCUAAAAUUGGCCUGAUGAACAUGACCACCAACCUGUACGAGGGUCACAUGGAGAAAGACACAAGAGAGUUUAUAGAUAAACAGGUGUGUGGCACUCCGGAGUACAUUGCCCCGGAGGUGAUCCUCAGGCAGGGCUAUGGGAAGCCCGUGGACUGGUGGGCGAUGGGGGUCAUCCUCUAUGAAUUCCUGGUCGGCUGCGUUCCGUUCUUUGGAGAUACUCCUGAAGAGCUUUUUGGACAAGUUGUCAGUGAUGACAUCAUUUGGCCAGAAGGAGACGAUGCGUUACCAAUUGAUGCCCAGGAUCUGAUCACCCGCUUGCUCAGACAGAGUCCUUUAGACCGACUGGGAACUGGCGGAGCCUCAGAGGUCAAACAGCACCCAUUCUUCGACGGUUUGGACUGGAAUGGACUCCUGAGGCAGAAAGCUGAAUUCAUCCCUCAGCUGGAGGCGGAGGACGACACCAGCUACUUUGACACUCGUUCAGAGCGUUAUCAUCAUUUGGCGUCUGACGAAGAUGAGGAAACCAAUGAUGAAGAGUCUUCCUUGGAAAUCAGACAGUUUUCUUCCUGGUCACAUCGCUUCAGCAAGGUUUACAGCAGCACAGAACAUCUGGCAACACCCUCCAACUUGAGCUUCUCCUCUGACCGCAGCCACAGUGAGGAGAAGGAGGACCGUGGGGACAUUGGAGGGACAUUGAGUUCCUCCCUCAGCCCAGCAGAGGGCAGUGUGGAGCGCAGACAUGCCGGACGCAUGGCCAGCCUUCGCCCUCGGGCUUCCUCCAGCUCCUCCCAGUCCGAGAGGAGCACCAGUCCUCUGGUGAUGAGCAGCACCCACAGCCUGGAGACGAUGCCCCGCUUUGCCCUCUCUACUGAUGAUGAAGCUGAGGUGGUUGUGUCAAACCUUCGAAGGAUCAGGAUUCGCAGCAACAGCACUGGGGCCAAACACUCGUCCCCCAAGGAACCAACCGGCCCUCGACGCUUCGGUAACCAGCUGGAGACGCCGGACAGACAGAGGCUUCCGUGUGGUGGGAAGGUUCCCAAAUCAGCCUCCAUCUCAGCCUUGUCUCUCAUCAUCACUACAGAUGACUUGCCCGGCGGCCUCCAGCCGAGUCCCAUCUCCCCACGCUCUCUGUCCUCCAACCCUUCGUCCCGUGACUCCUCCCCCAGCCGGGACCUGUCACUCAGCCCCUGCAGCCUGAGGCCUCCCAUUGUCAUCCACACAUCAGGGAAGAAGUACGGCUUCACACUGCAGGCCAUCCGGGUCUACAUGGGCGACAGCGAUGUCUACACGGUGCAUCACACGGUGUCGAGCGUGGAGGAGGGCAGCCCGGCUCACCAGGCAGGUCUCCGCACUGGAGACCUCAUCACCCACGUGAAUGGAGAGUCUGUCCAAGGCCUGGUCCACCCUGAGAUGAUAGAACUUCUACUGAAGUGUGGCAGCAAGGUGGCGCUUCAGACCAUUGCACUGGAGAACACGUCAAUCAAAGUUGGUCCGGCUCGAAAGACCAAACACAAAGGCAAGAUGGCUCGUCGCAGCAAGAAGAGCAAGAGGAGAGAUAAUUACGACAGGCGACGAGGCAUCUUGAAGAAGCUGUCCAAGCAGAGCACAGUGAUGCACAGCAGUCGCAGCUUCAACUCAGGCCUCCACCACUCAGUUUCCUCCAGCGAGAGUCUACCAGGCUCCCCGACACACAGCCUCUCCCCCGGCCCUUCCACACCCUGCCGAAGCCCCGCCCCCGACCAUCAGGCCUUUGACAAUAACUCUCCUCAGAGCACGUCUCCGUGCUCCAGCUCUCCCAGUUCCCCCGCUGCACACAUCCGGCCCAGCUCCCUCCACGGCUUAGGCUCCAAACUCAACACGCAGCGAUACACCAAGGUGGGUCGCCGCAAGUCAACCAGCAACAUCCCGCCCUCGCCCCUGGCCUGCAACUCAUCCUCCACCCAGCCUCUGUCUCCACAGCGCUCUCCCUCUCCGCUGUCAGGCUUUGCCAAAACCCUCCACGGCUACCAUGGCAAAACCCUGUCCCCACCCACCAUCGUUAGACACAUUGUCCGGCCCCGCAGUGCCGAACCACCUCGGUCUCCUCUUCUUAAGAGGGUACAGUCAGCAGAGAAGCUGUCCGGUGUGUAUCAUGCUGAUAAGAAGUCUUACACCCCUCGCAGGCACACGCUGGAGGUGCCGUUUUACUGUGAAGGGGACCUUCUGGGUGACUCUGAGGCAGAGGGUUCCUGUGGAGGCUCCUACAUGGGGGCCGAUCUCAGCAGGCUGGGGGGAUACAUCGGCAGCCAGAGGCUGAGGGACUCUGGGAUUGAUCGAUCUGAGCAGCUGGUCGUGAUGCGAAAGCUCAACCUAUCAGAGCGACGAGACUCCUUUAAGAAACAGGAGGCGGUGCAGGAGGUGAGCUUUGACGAGCCGGAGGAGAAAACCAGCACCACGGUUACAGUGACCCCCACAGCUCCAGGAGCCCAAACGCAACAUCAGCAGCACAGGACGGACUGGAUGGUCACCCGACCCCAAACCAGCGUGGAGGUGGAGCUGGAAGUCCCGUUGGUGAGGAGGUUCACACUGGUGCCCCAGAUUGCUGUGCAGGGCUCAACGGAGAGCGAGCAGGAUGAGUGGGAGCCGUGUUCAGAUGGAGAGGAAACCAACGAAACACCAGAGCUGGAGGUGGGCAUCACUUCAUCUCAGCCACAACAGGCAGGACUUCCUCUUGGUGACAACAGCUCCAGUCAGGCUGCAAAAAACACCUCCACUGGUCCUUAGGUUGGACCAUCAACAGAGAAGACGGCGUGCAGAGAGGAAACUCCACAAAAAGGGCAUCUAAGAAAGUGACAACUCCCCACUGCACUCAUCUCAACUGCUCGUAUCUCUUCUUUCAAGUCUUUCAGAAGUUGUAAACUAAUUUACAAACUCUGGCGGAGAAAAAGUAGGAGAAGAUUUUACUUGAAUUUUUUAUUUGUAAAUAUUUGCCUCAAGGCAUUGCAGAAGGUCUGGUCUUAUUUAUUUGAUUGGUCAACUAUGAUGAGUUAGUGACAGGGCAAGAGGGAAGUUCUCAUUGGUUGAAUAGCCAAGGCUCAGCAUUUUUGUAUCCAUAAAAUGUGGUUUUAUGUCUUUUGACUGGAUUGUUUUUUGUAUAAAUGUCUAUUUUUUGAAUAAAUUGUUGCAGUACAGAUUAGUUUGAUAAUGCUCGGCGUAAGCGUUGUAGGACCAAAAGGUACAAGUCUUUUUUCAGUGUCAGUUUAGAUCUGAACAGUGCAGCUUCCAAUGUUAUAAUACUGCUAUUAUAUUGAUCUUCAUAAACUUAAGAAUGACCUUUGGUUCACACUGUAAGCAACAUGGUAGAUUCUAGUAAUGUUCUGAUCAAUUGUCAGCAGUUGUAUCUAAAAUAUCUACAACUCUCUAUAACUACAAUAGCCUUUUUUAUGUUUUUUGCAUCUUUGCUUUGGCAUUAGAUCCUAGAUGAAAAGGUUGAUGCUACUAAGCACUAAUUAACAUGCAGGAAAUAAAUGCCAAAGUCAGAUAGUCUCUUAAAACUGGAAAGCUUUGUACAGCUGGAAUUCUUCCACUUUGCACUCGUCAGACACUAUUGUUCAUGAAAGAAUCACAUACGUUGGGAAAGAAGCAGCGCUGAAUUCUGAUUGUCAGAGAGAUAUGAAAAACAAAUAUUUUGGUUACCCAUGUUUCUCUGACAACUAAGUCAAUUUUUACAAAAACAGAUUAAAGUUCUUCCACUUGUUGAUCAUGUUCCUUUGCUGUAUGAAUUCACAGUCACAGUAUCGUUUUUCCUAAGUGUUGAACCGGUCAGUGCAGGGUAAUAUUUCACACUAAAAGUACAAUCUGUCAUAGAAGCCGACUCACAAAGGGCAGGAUGUGCCAUGAUAUCAGUGCAGUGUCCUCGAAGCCAUAUCCUUCAAGGCAAAAGUGUCUGUUGAAAUUUGUAAUCUCGACUCAACAUGAAGUGUGUGUGUUGUUGUUGUUUUGUUUUUUCGUUUUUUGCGAUCUUAACACUAUUGAAGGAUGAAGUCCUGGAUGUUGCGGAUCAUGACACACUCUGCUUUGAUACCACUCUAUAUAAACUUAGCGUGAUGCCAUAUCAUAGAGGUAUCUCAAAUUUAGUUUUGUUUUUUUCUUGCUCUCUUUUUGACAUCUGUAAACACAGAUUCAGCAUGGCUCCACGUGGCUCCCUGUAAUAACUUGUUCUACUCAAAGCAUGCAAUUUGCAGGAAAAACAUUGAGCAGCCAAAUCAAAGUCUAUGUAUUCUUCAGAGCCUGGAGGGAAAUAUAUUUUGGUUCAAAAAUGUUUUUAUUGUUGUUGUUUUUUCCCUAUAAUAAGACUUUUGUACCUGGAAAAGUGUUGAAUCUCUGUCUAUUUUUUGAAGUAAACUUUUCCUGAAACCGUAGCUUUCGUCUUUGUUUUUCACAUGGGCAUGUAAGAGACACCAUGCCUGCAAGACCUGUUCCUACUUAACUUACUGUGUAGUGAUGUUUACAUCAAGGGGAAACGUGCACUAAUGUAUUUUGUAAGUGAAUGUUAAAGGUAAAUUGAAAAUGGCAGAGGGAAACCCUUACAUUGAAUCCAAACCCAGGGCUUCUUUGAACAAAUGUUUUAUGUCUUUGUAUUGUACAAAUAUUGAUGUAUAUUUUGAUAACAAGAAUGUGUAUAAUUCUGAUGAGUUGAAGGACAUGAUAUGCACAAUGACAAUGUCAGGCACCAGGAUUUUUGGAAGUCUGACUUGAGGGAAUAAGCUGUUAGUAUAUUGGAUGUACUUCCCAAGUUUUGAGGUUUAUUGUCAUAUUUGUCAGUAGCUGUGGCUGGCUUUUGUACCAAUUUUACUCCUUCUGUUUCUAAAGCAUCAGAAAUGUUGAUGAGUUACUUAAGUCCCUCUUCCUCCUUAUAUCUUCAUGACGACCCUUUUUACAAGAUGUUUUCGUCAUGUCAUGUGAACAGCACGGAGAGAUGAUGUCGCUGAAUGGCUCCGUUAUUUUUGCAGUCUUACAGAAUUGUUUACAACGAACAAACAUGCUAUGUACUGUACAAACAUUUUAUAUCCUGUGGCUGUAUAUGAUGAAACUACCCUCUUUGAUACCAUGAAAGAAAACAUUCAUAGAAAUAACAGCUGUUUUUUCUGUUUUGUUGUUUUCGAAAAUGUUCAGAAAGAGUAAUUUAGCACCAAGCUGAGAAGCAUUAAGUGUUUUUACAUGCACUUAAGUUACUGGUUUUAAAAAAACAACCAUGUUUUACCAACUAGUUUUAUUAACUGGGCUAAAGGGGUGAGAGUAAACAAAGGUAACACAACUACAUUUCUGCUGGGAUUUCUGUGCCAUGUGUACUCUUGUAAUGUUUUUUUUCACAUGUGCACAUUUGCAUGAAAAAUAUGUCAUACAGAGAAAGUAAUGCUGCAGAUGGAUGUUUAAGAAAAUCCGUUACUCUUUAAGUUUGUCUGACUUGUAACCUAUUAUUUAAUUUACACAAAAAUACCUAAACUGCUGAUAUAAGACUAUUGGUAGACGUUGCACAGUAAAGGACAAUCUGUACUGUGAAAAGGCUCCAUACUUAAAGAAUGCAUCAUAACACAUAAAAUACACCAGUGGUACUUCCAAAAAUGAUUAGGUCAAACACUUUGCAGUGCAUGUAUACCUGAUUUCUCCAAAUAAUCAGAUUUCCUAUGUGAAUGUAAAUGUAGUCAAUGCUUGAUUGAUCUCUUCUGAUUGAAAGCUCCUAUCCUGUUUGCCACCUUUAACCACAGCCAACAGUGAUGUGACAGCUGUAGUCUGCAAGGUCAAAACUAAAAAAAAGCCAAUGGAGGUCAGUAUAGAUUCUCAGCUGGUGUUUAACUUGCUCUUUAAGAACAAAAUGGCAGGUCAAACUGUUGUUCGUGUGCAUGUGUUCUUGUGAGGACUCCUCUGUUCGGUGCAUGCUGCAUGAGACAAGCACACAUCUGUAAUACUUGAUUGCAUGGUAUACUGGCGUUGCAGCCCUGUACUGUGUUUUCUUGUGCAACAAAUAAAAUUUGUAUUUCUCUUUGAC